AUGCUUCCGCAGCUGCGCCUGCGGACUUUGGAAGCAAGCGCCGUGCUGGGUCGCCAUGUUUGCCAAGAUGGCCAGCUCCGGCCAGGGACGCAGAUCCAGACAUCUUUCGUCAUGGAAGACAACCAGCUUCUUGAGAGAUGGGCAGCUUGGCAAGGAAUCCGAAUAUUAGAGAUGAUGCGGGUGGACAGUGGUUCAGUGGCAGCUGUCGGUUCGAUCUCGACGAGCAGAGCUGAAGUCUUGACGGCACCCUCCAAUCCUCGAGACGGGAAUUUAGCCCCAGCCUUGCUCCCCAAUAAACAAGCUAACAUCAUCCCUUCGGGCCUCAUUUCGCACAUGGCGGAUCAGGUUACAGUGGAAGCCUUCCCUUCCGGUGCUCACAUCGAUCAGAGGUAG